CAUUAGGCCACAGGGGCUUUGGAUCUCGAGUCAAUUUUGUCUUUUAAGAAUCCUCAACUACACAUAUAUAGUUAAAUCAAAAAAUACAGACCAUGAAUUCCAUAUUCCAAACUGUGGCACAGAAAAGUCUUAAUCUAUCAUUCAUUUAUGGCGACUGCUGAUAUUACGUGCAUUAAAAAAUCAAGUCCCUCAUCAAUUUAUUGCUGUGUCCAUCGGCUGUGAGAUCUCGUCCUAGUCAACAUGAACAGCUGUCACGGAGUGAUUUCCAUUCAUUCUGUCGAUCAUUACUUUUAAGUCUCAUUUUUCAUCACCACGUUCUAUUGAUUCUCCGCUGAAAGAAACAUGAUUUCAACGAGAUACGCCUCAUUCAUAUCUGGAAUAGUUAUUGCAUCGUUGACAUGGGCAUUCAGUUUAUAUUUAUAUUCGAAACUCUCACAGAAUCCCAACAAUGUCAAUCCAACAAUGCUCAUAUCAUACUUAAAUCCCCAGGAGGACUCAUUGCUCAGUGAAAGAAUGCUCUUGAAUAAUGCAUUUGAUGGAGGAAAGAAAAACAGUGAUAAACUGAUUAAACAGUUGCAGCCAGUGCCUGUAAGACCUGUAAAAACUCUGGGCGAUGGUCUAGAUGAACUUGGGCUAGUGCACACCCCAGAAGAAGCCCGAAAGCGUGAUGAGGGCUACCAGAAGUUCGCGUUCAACGUCCUGGUCUCGGACGCCCUAGGCCCCCACCGAGAGUACGCCAUCCCCGAUACUCGAAACAAGCUCUGCUCUUCCCAAAAAUAUCCCUCCAACCUGCCAACUGCCAGCAUAAUCAUCUGCUUCUACAACGAGCACUUCAUGACACUCCUGCGCUCCCUCCACUCUAUCAUUUCGAGAACCCCAAAGUCUCUUCUCCACGAGAUAAUCCUCGUGAAUGACUUCAGCGACAGCGAUCAACUCCACGAUGACGUACAGAACUAUGUUGACAGCAACCUGAAACAGGUAAAGUACUUCAAGACAGAUAAACGAGAGGGUCUCAUUCGUGCCAGAAUGUUAGGCGCCAGCAAAGCCACUGGAGACGUCCUGGUCUUCCUGGACUCGCAUAUUGAGGUCAAUAUCAUGUGGAUCGAACCUCUGCUCUCCAGAAUUUCAGUUUCAAGGACAAUCGUUCCUAUGCCUGUCAUCGAUAUAAUUAAUUCUGACACGUUCCAGUACUCGGCGAGUCCUCUUGUUCGCGGUGGAUUCAACUGGGGGCUCAAUUUCAAAUGGGAAAAUUUGCCAGUGAAUACUCUUGUCACUGAUGAUGAUUUUGUGAAGCCCAUCAGAUCCCCGACGAUGGCUGGGGGUCUCUUCGCCAUCGACAGGAAGUAUUUCCAUGAAAUGGGAGAGUAUGACUCUGGAAUGGAUGUAUGGGGUGGGGAAAAUCUGGAGAUCUCUUUUAGGGUCUGGAUGUGCGGGGGCAGCAUCGAGCUCAUUCCUUGCUCCAGGGUGGGACAUGUCUUCAGGAAGAGGAGACCUUAUGGCAAUGAUCGCGUUCAAAAUACUAUGUUGAAGAAUUCUUUGAGGGUUGCUCAUGUGUGGAUGGACAAGUAUAAACAAUAUUACUUGAGGGGAGUGGAUCAAGUGGACUUUGGGGAUGUCUCGGAGAGGAUCAGGCUUAGGGACAGACUCAAGUGCAAGGACUUUGCCUGGUAUCUGGAUAAUGUUUAUCCAGAGUUGGCUCUGCCUGAUGACAAUGAGGCGAACUUGAAGAAAAAAUGGGCCAAGAUUCCUCAGGAGCCAGGGCAGCCCUGGCACUCUAGGAAGCGGAAUUACACCGAUCAAUUUCUGAUUCGUCUAUCGAACUCGGCGCUCUGCGUGCAAAGCGAAAAGGAUAUAAAAACGAAGGGAUCUAGAUUAAUACUGGCGCCCUGUCUGCGGAUCAAAUCGCAAAUGUGGUAUGAGACAGACAAGAAUGAGUUGGUUCUUGGGCAGAUGUUGUGCCUAGAUGGUAGUGGGAAGCAGCCAAAAUUGGGAAAAUGUCAUGAGAUGGGUGGGGACCAAGAGUGGAGGCACAAGGGGACCAGUAAUAUGCCCAUUUAUAAUCUUGCUGCUGGGACAUGCCUCGCUUUCGAGAAGGGGCAUAAAUCUUACGUUGUCAUGGAUCUUUGCACUAAGGACGACAGGUCGACUAUCUCCUGGGACCUCGUCAAGUCCAAGAUUCCUGCUAAGGAGAUAAGAUGACCUAAAUUGAAGGGCGGGAGAGGCAGGGGGAAGGUAAGACAGAAACACAUGGAGAAUUGGAUUUGAUUCGGUUGACGAAAUUCGGAUUAUUGCUUGGAAAGUGGAAGAUUUCUUUGCAGGGCAUGUGAGUUACCAUUGUUUUGAUUCAUGUUGAAUGUUUCAAUAAUCUAAAUAAAACA